AUGGGUAAUCAAGGUUCGGGUGGUCAUAAACGAGGUGAUGGAGGCGGAGAGAAAGAAAAGAAAAAGUACGAACCACCAAUUCCGACACGAAUUGGAAAGCGAAAAAAGAAUACCAAAGGUCCUGAAGCAGCGAAUAAACUCCCACAAGUUUUACCCUAUACACGUUGUCGGUUGAAACAAUUACGAUACGAACGUAUUAAGGAUUAUUUGUUAUUAGAAGAAGAAUUCAUUAAGAAUCAAGAACGUUUGAAACCACAAGAAGACCGACAUGAAGAGGAACGCUCAAAAGUCGAUGAUCUUCGAGGAUCACCUAUGGCUGUUGGCACGCUAGAAGAAAUCAUUGAUGAUAAUCAUGCGAUUGUUUCGACAUCCGUUGGCUCAGAACAUUAUGUCACAAUCAUGUCGUUUGUUGACAAAGAUCAACUCGAACCUGGAUGCACUGUUUUAUUAAACCAUAAAGUUCAUGCUGUAAUUGGUGUGUUAGGUGAUGAUGUUGAUCCAAUGGUUGCUGUAAUGAAACUUGAAAAAGCACCGAAAGAAACCUAUGCAGAUAUCGGUGGAUUGACAACACAAAUUCAAGAAAUUAAAGAAGCUGUUGAAUUGCCAUUGACCCAUCCUGAAUACUAUGAAGAGAUGGGUAUCAAACCUCCCAAAGGUGUUAUUCUUUACGGUCAACCAGGCACAGGUAAAACUCUUCUGGCCAAAGCCGUCGCUAAUCAAACAUCAGCAACCUUUCUUCGUGUUGUUGGUUCCGAAUUGAUUCAGAAAUAUUUGGGUGAUGGACCAAAACUCGUCCGUGAAUUAUUUCGUGUUGCUGAAGAAUACGCACCAGCCAUUGUCUUUAUCGAUGAAAUCGAUGCAGUCGGAACAAAACGUUACGAUUCAAAUUCGGGUGGUGAACGUGAAAUUCAAAGAACUAUGUUAGAAUUGUUGAAUCAACUUGACGGUUUUGACUCACGUGGUGAUGUCAAAGUCAUUAUGGCAACGAAUCGAAUUGACAGUCUUGAUCCAGCUUUGAUUCGUCCGGGUCGUAUUGAUCGAAAGAUCGAAUUUCCGCUACCUGAUGAAAAAACUCGUCGAAUGAUCUUUAAAAUCCAUACUGGUCGGAUGACUCUCGCUGAUGACGUGAAUUUAGAAGAAUUAAUCAUGGCCAAAGAUGAUCUUAGUGGUGCAGAUAUCAAAGCUAUUUGUACUGAAUCUGGUUUGAUGGCAUUACGUGAACGGCGGAUGAAAGUCACAAAUGAAGAUUUUCGAAAGAGCAAAGAAACUGUUCUCUAUCGAAAAAAUCAAGGUACACCAGAAGGUUUAUAUUUAUAA